AUAUGUAGUAUUAGAUCCAUAAGAGCUUACUUCAAGUUGUUAAAAUACGCAAAGAUGGCUGAAGAAAGUGACAGGAGUCAAUUGCCACCCGGCUGGGAAUGCCGAUAUGAUAUACGAAGUGGUCGUCCAUAUUUUAUAAAUCAUUUUAAUCGUACAACAACAUGGGAAGAUCCGAGAGUAAGAUAUUGGCAGUAUUCUCAGUAUAUACAGUCACAAAAUUCAAUGGCACUGAGUUCUGCUACAACUAUAACUUCCCAAGAUAUACCCAUGCAGACUGGUGGAAAUGGAAGUGGUGGACAUUUAGGUUAUACAGGAGCUCACAGAGCUCCACAAAUCUAUCCAACACCGUCUCCCUAUCAUAAUCCGCAACUUGCAUUUUUACCUCCUAGUUUACAGGAACUGAAAACUCCAUUAUCUUUGAAAUCAGUUAGUGUCAUGACAAACAGAUUUGGGGACAUGACAAUUGGAUCACCUACUCCAAUAAGGAAUAUGGAAACAAGUUUAACUCAGAACUCUGAUACUGAACUACAAGUUGCUAAAAUCAAUGCUAUGUUUCCAACUGUUUCUGACACUCAUAUUCGACUUCUUUUAAAAAAAUACCAUAACAGAGCAGCUUUGGUUGUCAGCGCUCUCCAAGUGGAAAAGAAUCCCCUUUGUGCUCCAGGACCAUGCACACCUGUGGGAGUUCAUUCAAACUACACUAUACCAAGAUGGCGAUUACCACCGCAUGCUAUACAUGCAGCUCUAACAUUGAGUCCGCCUCGUGGGGUUCGGCCAGCCCCACACUCCCCAAAAAUGAAACUUAGGUACCUGAAGAAUGUAUUUCCGAAAGUGGAAGAAACUAUGUUGCUUGAUAUUUUGGAGCAAAGUGAUAACAAUGUUCAAAAAGCUUCUGAAAAACUGAUUGAUCUGGGCUAUGAAAAACGAAAUCCUACAGCUCCCAGAUCACAAGCAAAACGAAAAGAGGAAGAACAAAUGAGAAAUGUACAACAUGCCCCUACUCCUCCGCCGCGAAUGAAAAGUUUAGAAGAUAAAAAUAAAAUAAAAGCACGUUUAAUGGAGAAGUAUAAAUCAGUGCCGGAAAGAGUUAUAAUGCUUGCUAUGGAUAGUGUUGAUUACGAUGAGGAAAAAGCAAUACACAUACUAGACAUUAUGGUUAUGGAAGAAGCAACAAGACCUGUAUGUACAAGUAGUCAAAGCAGUAGAAGCGACGAAAGGAAAGAUAGUCCACCGGUAAUCGAAGCUGUAAAGUUAACUGCAUCGCCAAUUAAAAAAAUAGUUAAGGAUGCAGAUUCUGAAAAAUCUAAGCGAUCUAAAAAUAAAAUAGAAAUUCCAAAAGUUUCCCGAGGAACAAGUACUACAGAAGAUAAUGAAUAUAAAUCUCCAUACUUGACAAAACCUAUAGGACCAAACCCUGAUUUACCAAAAGGAGCUGAUAAUGAUUUACUGCUACCUGAUUAUGCACCAUGGUCAGGACCAGAUCCAAAUCUAUUGACGAAGGAGAUAUUCAGUAAAACACUAGCAAAAGGGCACGAUGCAAAUUUGGUUUCUGGGAGUCGUUGCAUUGCUAAAGGCCCUAAUUCAGAAUUAAGGAAAGGUUCACUGAGGGGAUUAACUCAAGGUUCUAUCUAUUCUCAACGAAACGUAUCUAACACUGAGAGUCGUGGUAAAUGAAAUAUAUUUAAUUGUUUCUUUGUUAAUUUUUAUUUUUGUUAAGUAGAAAAAUAAUUUUUGUUUCGUGCAAAGCACGUCUUUGUAUUCUGUUUUUUGUUUUUUGUUUUUCACUGAAUAUUAAUCAAUCGAAAUAUUCAGAUUUUUAUAGAUACGGUAUAAACUUUAAAAAUAUCAAUUUUAAUUCUAUGUUUUAUUAUAUAUUUAUGCUGCAACCAUAUUGAUAAAUAUUUGUUAUGUUUAUCUUUUACUUGUUGACGAGUUUCGUUAUUCUUUUAUGUUUAUUAGUUUGAUAUAUUGGACAUAGAAGCUAAAUUUGAUAAAGUAAUAUGUACAUACAAGGUAGUAGUAGGUAGACUAUAAUUGUGAAAGAAUGAGCAAAGAAGUGUUCAGGUUUACUUACACACGAAAACUUUAAAUCAUUUUAAAAGUAUAUCAUAUUCAACUAUGCAUUAUCAAUUUGGAAAUAUUACCAUGCUUCCACUUAUGACAUAUCUUGUCAUUUUUAAGCUGUACAUAAAUGUGACCAAGUUUUUAAUUAGUCGCAAAAUAAUUUUAAAAAUCUUUGAUAUUUAUUCAAUUAUCGUAAUGUUGUAUUUUAAACGAAAAGACUUAGUAAUGAACUUAUUUGCAAAUGUGGAUACAAUUUCUAAUUAUUUAUCUUUGAAUGCAACAUAUUCGUAGUAGUAAUAACAACUAAUUCUAUGAUAAAAUAUUUUGCAGUAAUAAUGUUAAUUUUCGUAUUUAUUUAAUUAAAUGUUAGACCUAAACAAAUGUCUCAUUGUAACGAAACAAAGUGUUGAAAUAUGCUACAUUUCAUUAUGAAAUUAAAACACAUAUUUCAUUUCAAUUAAAAGGUUCAAAGUUUUUCAAUUUUUGAAUGUUUUGUUAACAGUAUUAUUAUGUGUUUUU